AAUCGAAGGAAGGAGUUCCCGUAUGCACCAUACUCUCUCACCUAGUCACCUCAGCUCUGCCCUCCCAAAAGAACUACUUCUGCUCAUCUCCAUUUACGGAAGGCCAGAAGAGUCCACAAGUUAUUCUGAAAAAAGACGCAGGAGAGUCUCGUUCCAUUGUCCUCUGCAAACCCACCAUAGCCAAUAGGACAAUCAUAUUAUCUUUACAACCCUAACCUCGUAACCCCCUCACAACAAUAGAUGGUUCUCUUCGAUUCUUCAAUAUCUCCCUUAACCCACUCUGCCAAACUCUCUUCUCCACUGCUUCUCUCUUCUCUGUCCCAUCGUCCUCUCAGAUAUGCAGUUCUUGGUGCUGGUUUUGCUGGUCUCUCCGUUGCUUGGCAUUUACUCAAGGAGAGUCCUAAGGAUUUGAACCUGCACAUUGACUUGUAUGAUGAAAUGGGCAUUGGUGGAGGCGCUUCCGGAGUCUCCGGGGGACUCCUCCACCCCUAUUCUCCUAAAGUUAAGCUUCUAUGGAGAGGUGCCGAGUGUUGGAAAGAAUGUAUGAAGCUCUUAAGCAUUGCAGAACAAGCCGUUAGUUCCGAGGAGGAUUUGGUUUCCUUAAGUGGUGAAUUUGGUCAAGAUUUUGGUGGGAUUUUAGACCGGAGAAGGGGCAUUAUAAGACCUGCCACAAACAUGAAGACUUUGAAUGUAUUGAAUGAUAAUGCUAAGAACUGCCUUGCCAAUUGCAAAAUAGAGAUCAUUGAUAAGAACGCUGCUGAAAAGCUUGUACCCCAUAUACAUAUGCCUUUCAACUUGGCUUUCUAUAUGCCUGAAGCUAUAAAUGUGAAUUCCAAGUAUUAUCUCAAUGCACUCUUUUUAGCUUGUCAAAAUAUAGUGAAGGAAUUAUCUGCUUCCAGCUUUGGAAAGAAAAAUCUUUGUUUGCAGAAGAAAUCUGUUUACGAACUCCGUGAAUUAGAAGGAGAAUAUGAUGCUGUGAUAAUAUGCUUAGGUGCCAAAGCAGACUUGCUUCCGGAGCUUGCAGGGAAGCUUCCUUUGAGGACAUGUAGAGGUGUUAUUUUGCACUUACAACUGCCUGAUAAUAUAGGGGAAGAUUAUCCUGACCAUGGACCUUCAAUAUUAUCAGAUGCAUGGCUUGCUAUCAAGGGGAACCGUAGAUUGGAUUUGGGUUCGACAUGGGAAUGGAAGUCAAGAAAUUCUUCAUCAAAUGUCUCAACAGAUGAAGCUUCCGAUGCUCUUCAAGAGCUUCUUCCGAAAGCAUCUGCUAUUUACCCUGGUAUAACAAGCUGGAGUUUUGCCAGAGCAAGGGCGGGUUUAAGGGCAAUGCCACCGCUUACUCCUCACGGAUCACUUCCGCUUUUGGGAUGUGUCAACAAUAUUUUAGGCAAUGAUCUUAUAUGCAAGUAUUGGUUACUCGGAGGGCUCGGUUCUAGGGGAUUGUUGUACCAUGGUUGGCUAGGUAAGUUGACGGCGGAGGCUGUCCUUUCUUGUAAUGAACAGAUUAUCCCUUCUGAACUAACCUCAUGGAAGAAUAAAGAUAGUAGACCUUAAUUUUUUUUA